UUCAUCAUCAUUCAGUCUUACUAACGAGACAAUAUGACGAGAGAUGUUUGGGUCUUCCUCUUCCUCAGCUUCCUCUCUUUCUUGAGUGCGAUGCCCUUAUUCGUCAAUACAUCAUCCCCUUAUUCGUCCCAACACCCAAGCCAUGCCAGUGAGUGCGAUGCCCUGCUCCAGUUCAGUCAAUCAUUUACCAUCUCAUGGUAUGCCUCUGCACGUUACUGUGACGAUCUCGGUUCGGCCAACACUUCAUAUCCGAAGACGGUCUCAUGGCAGAAGGGCACCGAUUGCUGCUCAUGGGAUGGGGUCACAUGCCACAUGUCAAAAGAUUACGUGAUCGGCCUCGACCUCAGUUGCAGUUGGCUUCAAGGAACCCUCCAUUCCAACAACACUCUCUUCUCGCUCCGGAAUCUUCAGCGGCUGAAUCUCGCCGGUAACAAUUUCACUGGCUCACAAAUUUCAUCGAGGUUUGGUAUACUUACAGGAUUGACCCAUCUCAAUCUCUCUGUUUCUUUCUUUUCGGGGAUCAUUCCUUUGGAGAUGAUAUCUCAUAACCUUUCCAGCCUAAUUUCACUCGAUCUCUCUAGUGGCUACAUCCUAUUGGACACUCAGUCAGGUCAAAUUUCAUUCUGCCUAACAGUAGAAGAGGAUCGCAGUUUCAGAAGGUUUAUUAGUAAUCUCACUCAGCUGAGAGAACUUGCUCUUGAUUAUAUAGACAUGUCUAGAGUUUCUCUCACCUCCUUCACGAAUCUCUCUUCCACUCUGACUUCUUUGAGUCUUGAAUAUUGUCUUCUGCAAGGGACAUUCCCAAUUAACAUCUUCCAUCUCCCAAACCUCCGCAUUCUCUCUCUUUCUGAUAAUUAUCAUCUAAAGGGUGCUCUCCCCCAAACAAAUUGGAGUAGUAGCCCUCUCGUCCGCUUGGAUCUAUCAAAUACAAAGUUCCACGGACCAAUUCCUAAUUCAGUGGGGAAUCUCACAACCUUGGAAUAUUUGGACUUCUCAGACAGCGAAUUUACUGGAUCGGUACCACCAACACUUGGAAACCUUGACCGCCUCUCUUUCUUGGUCCUCGGUGGUAUCAACCUCAGUGGUACCGUUGACUUUGAUAUGUUUGCAAGGCUAAAGAAUCUUGAGUACCUUCAGCUUGGGGGGAACUUCAAUGUAAUGCUUCCAAACAAUGGGAAUUUUUCCUUCCCGAGGCUCAAAUCGUUGACACUGGAUGGCGUCAACUUGACUGAGUUCCCAUAUUUCUUGAGUUCUUUAGAAGAGCUGGAAUUGCUGGAUCUUUCUGGAAACAAGAUCAAUGGUCCAAUUCCUGAAUGGUUUGGGAGAGUGUGGAGCAACACGCUGACAGACUUGGAUCUCUCUUCUAAUAAUUUCUUCGGAGAGAUCCCAUCCUCAAUCUGCCAACUGAGUUCACUAAACGGUCUAGUCCUCUCAGAUAACCGACUCAACGGCACCAUCCCGAGAUGCUUGGGAAAUUUAAGCAAUCUCUUCAAUUUGCAUUUGGUCGACAAUCAAUUACAAGGUCCACUGCCGCGAUCUUUAGCAAACUGUAUGAGCUUGCAGAGAUUUCGUGUCAGUUACAAUGAAAUACAUGACACUUUCCCACACUGGUUGUUGAAUGCUACCCAGGCAUUGGAGCACCUAGAUUUGCAAUCAAACAUGUUUCAUGGGGUCAUUAAUGAAAUUCCCCUCCCUCCGCAGCUUGAAGUCUUAUACCUCUCCAACAACCAAUUUUCUGGACAGUUAGUCUCCUUCCGAAAUUCAAAUGUUGGGUUGGUUGACCUAGCCAAUAACAAUUUUGACGGCCCACUUCCGAUUCCACCGCCCACUGUUUGGUUCUAUUUCGUUGCAAACAAUAAGUUUAGUGGAGACAUUCCUCAUCAGCUCUGCAACGCCACUCUGCUAGACGUGGUGAACCUCUCUAAUAAUAGCUUAACCGGUUCCAUUCCUCACUGUUUCAUAAAUUUAACUGCAUCAGUGUUGGACCUCGGAGCAAAUAAGCUUGUUGGUCGGAUACCAGAGAUAUUUUUCUCGGGGAACAACUUGAGGACUAUUCGGUUGAGUCAAAAUCGACUUGAAGGUACUCUGCCACGAUCUUUGGUGAAUUGCAAGAAUUUGGAAGUAUUAGAUCUCAGUGAAAAUGAGUUGGAGGAUGGCUUCCCUUAUUGGUUGGACACUCUUUCGAAUUUGCAAGUGCUCAACCUGAGAUCCAACAACUUUCGUGGUCUGAUUAACAGCUCCAGGAAGAAUAAUCAUCCUUUCCCGAAGUUGCAUAUUUUUGACCUCUCUGACAACAGCUUUUAUGGUCAUCUUCCGGCUAAGUACAUUGCAAACUUCAUAGCCAUGAAGGAUAAAGCAAGAAGCGCUUCACAAUACAUGUGGGUAAAUGGUACUAGGGGAACCAUUCCAGCUUACACCCGGGAAACCUAUCAAGAUUCCGUUACGGUAGUCAUCAAAGGAUACUCCAUUGAGUUGGUGAGAAUUCUGUCAGUGUUUACGACCAUCGACUUAUCAAGGAACAUCUUCGAAGGAGAUAUCCCAGAGUUAGUAGGAGAUUUGAAGGCACUCAAGGGACUCAACCUUUCUCAUAACAAAUUGACCGGCAAAAUCCCUUCUUCUGUGGGGAACUUGACGAAUCUUGAGUGGCUGGACCUCUCCUCAAACAAGCUCAACGGGCAGAUCCCUAGAGGAUUGGCGGAUCUUUCGUGGCUCUGCUGGUUGAAUCUCUCAAAUAACCAGCUCGUGGGACCGGUUCCUAGAAGCACGCAAUUCGACACAUUCAACCACUCAUUUGAUGGGAAUCCUGGACUCUGUGGGCAUCCCCUGCCAAAAGCAUGUGGGAUUGACGACCAGAAAUCACCACCUCCAACAUCCCGGGAAGAUGGAGAAAAGAAGGCGCAAUUUGGGCACUGGAUUGAGUGGAAGGCAGUGGCAAUGGGCUAUGGAUGCGGAAUUUCAUUUGGGAUAUCAGCAGGGUACAUUAUGCUGGAAACCAGAAAGCCAAAAUGGCUAGUGAGAAAGGUUGAGCGAUGGCUGGAGAGAAUAGUCGAGAAGAAGAGCCGCAGAAAGACAAAUAGGCCGAAGAAAAACGCGGCUCGAAGAAAUCAUGCGAGGAGGAGCACCGAAGGCCAAUAAGAUUGAAAGAAGAGCAACAAAAAACAAUGCACGUGGAGUCUUCCAUCAACCAAGGGUUAUGGCAAUAUAUCAAUGAUCAAGUGGAAAGCUCACCUUCUUCAAUCCAUAAGCAUCUUCAUUUUUUUCUUUUCAGUUUCAAGUGGAAUGACAGUAAUCGUGUAUUUUAUUUCUCCAUAGUAAAAUGAUGAAGCAUCUGAAUGAGAUCAAUACAACUUGAAGCGUC